AUGGCUGCCUGUCGGACCUGCGUAGCCACCUUGGCGGCCGUGCUGGCGAUGGCGAUGCUGGCGUCGGCGGAGCCCUCCACCGCGCGUCCGCUCGUGAUCUCCCACAGGGGGUACCCCUGCAAGUAUCCAGAGGAGACGAUCAGAGGCUACGAGGAAGCGAUCGCUGCAGGAGUAGAUUACAUUGAGAUGGACGUGGUCAGCACCAAAGAUGGCAAACUUAUUACAAGGCAUGACGUCCUCUUGGACGAGUCAACAAACAUAAAAGAUGUUGACGAAUUCAAGAACAGGACAGCAACCAAGCUUGUCAAUGGCAAGAACAUCACUGGCUACUUUGCGAUUGAUUUCACUCUGGAGGAAAUUAAAUCGCUCAAGACACGGCAGAGGCUGGCAUUCAGGGACCAUUCUGUUGAUGGCAAAUUUAUGGUACCAACACUCAAAGAAGUCCUGCAGCUGGUGAAGGCUGCAAGGAGAAAUGGCACAAAAGUGGGGGCAUACACAGAAACCAAGCAUCCACAAUUCCACAUCGACAACAAGAGGCCUCUGGAGGAGCCACUGGUGGCUGAGCUAAGAGACCUCCAGCUGUUGGCGGACCCUGGGGCAAUUUACCUUCAAUCCUUCGACCCAGCAUCGAUAAAGAAACUGCAAGAGCUCCUUGGGGAUAAAAACAGACUUCCUGCCACGUGGCUGAUCGGCUGUGAGGAACCCAUCCCCACACUUGCAGAGCUGGAAGAAUUCAAGGAAUACGGGACUGCAAUUGGGCCUGACAAGUUGCUGCUUUUCAACGUGAACGCUGCGGACGAGUGCGGCCGAUCGGCAAAUUCGUCGUGUGGCGCUUUGGAGCCAACCCAGGAAUGCAUCGGCAGACUGGAGCCGCCUCCAGAGGCUGCUGCCACAAGCACAUUGCUAACUGCCGCCCACGAUACCGGCCUGGAGGUCCAUGCAUACACAUUCAGGAAUGAGGGCAAGUUCAUGGCACUGGACUUCAUGUCCGAUCCGUACGUGGAGCUCAACUUUUACGCCAAUCGAUCGAGGGGGGUAUCAUGGGUGGACGGCGUCUUCAUUGACUGCCCGGCGACUUCUGUUCCCUGGAGGGACGGGGGCUCAUGGGAUCCCAGUCGAGACAGCGACGAGAAUGGUGCUCGAGACUGCAACUACGGCGGCGUUGUGUUUGCUAUGAUCUUUUUGUCCAUUGUGAGCAUGGCGUUCUCCUUGCUGUACGUGCGCGAGCGGCGCCGUGGAAGGGCGGGCGGCGCAUUCAGCAGGCUUUCGGGCGUCGAGAUGGACCAGAGGGCCCAGCUGUAA